ACGGUACUGUUUUCACUGGUCAAAUAAAUCUGUUUUAAAACUGGUUGUUGUUACUUUCCUUGGAAAAUACAGUUGUAAUGAAAUCGAAGUACAUAAGCUGUCGAUUUUUCCGACAUCAUAAAUAUUGAGAUAAUCGAAAAAUGUCAAUCACAAACGCCGCAGAAAUAUUUCAAUGGAAUAAUUUAUCAACAAAACAUUUCAUUUAAAAUUGCUUUCCCUUCACCGGGUGCCACGUGAAUUUAUUUCACCUUUAAAGAAAAUUUGUUUUUGAUUAAUUUUAAGACGGAUUUUGAUAAUUUCGAGAAAACUGAACCAUGAAUUUAUUUUACUGAGACAUCAUAUUUGCGUAAACGUGAACGUAACACGGAGGCAUUUUUCGCAAUUGCUGAUGUUCAUUUUUAUUAACACAGUUAUUUGUUGGGUGAUUAUUAAGAUGAGUAAAAAUGAUUAAAAUAGUGCCGAUUCAAAAACAAAUUUUUGCAAAAUCUCCCACUCCGCAGCCAUUCUCAGAGCCCGAAAAUAUGACAACGGUUGAUUUAAACAAAAAUGGAUAUUUGCCAAACGAUAUUCAAAAUGAGGAAAAACACCCCACAAUUGAAAAAUUUAAAGUUACAAAAAUAGUAAAGUCACUACUGGUAGGGAUUGGAAUUUUCAUAUUACUGGGAUUGUGCACCACUAUUUUAAUAUUAAUAGUAUAUCGAGGUUCUUAUAGAAACAUGCAAGUGCUUAACAAAACAUCUCAAGUACAAGAAAUAUCUCUCAAACGUUUAUUAAAUAAUAAAGAAAUGAUCAAAACGUGCCGAUCAUCGAAAAAUUUCGAAGACUGUUGCUAUUUAUUUUACAAAUCGAAAGAAUUCAAUAAGUGUAGCGUUCAAAAAGUGUUAGACCUUUUCUUACAAUACGAACUGGAAUCCAACAAACGUAUUAAACGGCAGAAUUAUGAUGAGUACAACUUUGAUUAUCAAGAAACGUAUCCUUCGGAUUACUAUAACGAAAAUAUCUACCCAAGCUAUAACUACGACUAUGAACAACAACCUUACUAUUCCAAUAGCUACAUUCCAGGAGAAACUAAUCAAUAUUUUGAUGAGAAUUACAAAAAAGAAGAAUAUGAUCAAAAAACUAGAAUUGUUGGAAGUCAACAACAGCUAACAACUACAAAACCUCUUCCUACAAGCAAAUCUUCGAAUCCAAUCGUGGAAACCAACACGUGGUCAACUACAACAAUCCUACCUAAAACCUGCGCUGACGACAAAAAUUGUCCAACAGUUAUCAACGCUACCACGAAAAUUGCAAACAUAAGCAACGUAGCUGCGGAACCAGGCCAUUUAAAAAUAGCUUUAAGCGAAACCAACAUAAAAUUAACACCGAAUUCAAAAAGUAGUCCCCGAAUCAGUCAAGGAAACGAAUUUGAACUAAAACCGUCCGGCGAGAUCCAAACUUCCAGUCAACCAAAACAAGUCAGUCCUUGUUUUUAUCCUUUCCCUGGGUCCUUCGUCUCACCAUAUUCACCUCCCAUAAAUUUUGACCCUAAUAUUUACGGACGGGUGCCAAAUAUUCAACACCAACCACUCUAUGUUAUCAAUCCUCCGAUGUAUCCUCCUGUAGCAAUGCCCUUUCAAGGAUACGGUAAUUAUCCCAGUCCGCAACCCACCAACAAAUAUCCCAUUCAAGUUGCUGGAGCUGGAGGACAAUUUUAUUUGUGUAAUCCAAUUUCGGUUCCGAACAAUAAUGUUGCUGGGUUGCAAGGAGUGGAAAUAAGACGCAAGUCGGAAGCUUUCAACCUCCAAGAUCUAGUGCAAGAAACAGAAAGACAAGGCCUGAACAUUAACAAAACACGACAAGCUAUAGAAUGUCCGUUUGGGACUCGGGGAUGCAAUGACGGGUCUAAAUGUAUCCACAACCGACAAUUUUGCGACAACGAAGUCAACUGUGACGAUGCAAGUGACGAAUUGAACUGUUCUUGUAAAAAUAGGGUUGGGGAAAUACGCUGGUGUGACGGUUAUCUUGACUGUCCGAACGGUGAAGACGAACAGGGAUGCUUUGGGUGCCAACUGGAUGAAUUUAGUUGUGAUGACUGGUCUAGGUUCCAAAAAGGGACUUGUAUACCACUGUCACAAAGGUGUGACGGUAUUAAACAAUGCGAAAUAACCGGGAAGGACGAAGAAGAUUGCUCAAUUCUCACAGACCAUCUCAGUCAACAUUCCUUUUAUAAAGUAUCAAACGCUGCGGGAUUUCUCCACAGGAACUAUAAAGGAAAGUGGUAUCCCACUUGUUUCGGAGUUGAAAUUUUUUCUCUAGACGUUUGCAGAACUGAAGCAGGACCGAGUGACAUAUUACCAAAAACUCAUCUAAUCACGAGCAAUGACAAUUACAACGGCCCUUUUCUUGGAAUUUCAUCAACCAACGGGAUUAUUUUAUCAAAUGAUUGCAUGAGGAACAAGGCAGUUUUUGUCGAGUGUCCACCCAUGUUUUGUGGCAUGAGACUAACCGUAACCAACCCUUUUCGUAUCGCAGAAGUUGACACAAGUGCCGAAGAACUUCUAGCACGGAUGCACCUCAACAGACCAGCAACAGAUGAACUUGUUGGCGAUUCUAGGGUAGUUGGAGGCAAACCGUGUCAACCAACCGCCUGGCCAUGGGUGGUUUCAAUCUACAAAAACGGAGUAUUUCACUGUGGGGGCGUCCUUAUUAACGAUUUGUGGAUUUUGACUGCGGCCCAUUGUGUGGACAGGUUUUGGUUUUUCUAUUACGAGAUCCAAGUCGGUAUUUUGAGGCGUUUUUCCUAUUCCCCAAUGGAGCAAAAUCGCUGGGCCACAGUGGCUAUACCGCACGAAGGUUAUAAUAAACGAUCGCUCAAAAACGACAUAGCUUUGAUGAAACUCUCAAAACCAGUUCGAUUUAACAGAUACGUUCGCCCCAUUUGUUUGCCAUCUCAAACGACUGCUGGCAAUGAUUUUCUCCGUGGUCCCAAACCAAAUACUGUUUGUGUUGCUGUGGGUUGGGGAGCUACCGUCGAGCAUGGAAGCGACCCGGAUCAUUUAAGAGAAGUGGAAGUUCCAAUUUUGCCCUCUUGUAAGCACAUUGAGGACAAAGAAGGAGACGAGAUUUGUGCCGGAUUGUCGGAAGGAGGGCGAGAUGCCUGUCAAGGGGACAGUGGAGGUCCUUUAAUGUGCCAGAAUGAGAAAAAUCGGAGCCAGUGGUAUCUUGCUGGCAUUGUCAGUCAUGGCGAAGGUUGCGCUCGACCAAACGAGCCAGGAGUGUACACCAAAGUUAGCAAAUACAUCGGAUGGAUUCACGAAAACAUUAAUGGUAAAACUACGGGACGAGAGCCUUUACAGAAAUGCCCCGGGUAUGUAUGUCAGGGUACGAAAAAGUGUUUGGCAAAGAAAAGACGUUGCGAUAAAAUUGUGGACUGCCUGUUUGGUGAUGAUGAGAAAAACUGUUGGCAGUCUCAUUCUCCCUUCCGGUCAAGUAUUGUAGGAAGCAAACAAGGGUUAAUGGUUGAUUUGUUAAAUUUGCUUGAUUUGAACAAUUCUUCAGAAGAAAUAGACGAUGUGUCUGGGAAUAGUACCGAAAGUGUUGAGAUAAAAACUCAUUUUCCGGAAUAUUUUACGUGCGAGAAAAUGUUGCAGACGAUUCCAUAUGACGAGAAGUGUAAUAAAGUUGUAAACUGUGAGGAUGGUACAGACGAAGCUGAUUGUUCGUGUGUGGAUUAUCUGAGGAGGUUUCAUAAAGAUGCAAUUUGUGAUGGUGUAACAGAUUGUAGGGACAUGUCGGAUGAGUCUAAUUGCGUAAAAUGUCCACAAAACCGGUAUUUAUGUCGCAUUGGUCAAAAGUGUGUUCCUUUGGAGAACCGCUGUGAUGGAAGACCGGACUGCAUUAGCGGCGAAGAUGAAUGGGACUGUGUCUCCCUUACGGAUGGGAGGACAUUAGUGUUGGACAGUGAUUUACGUCCCAAGCAGAGCAUGAAAGGUAUAAUUACAAUCAAUCGUUUCGGUGUCUGGAGACCACUCUGCACCAACGCAUCCGUCGACAACGCAGCAUCCAUCGCCGCAAAUGUUUGCAAUUUGUUAGGCUUUGAAGAAUACACAGCUUUCCAUAAAUUAUCCGUCGCAGAUAAGCCACUGAACGUCACAAUCGACGGCUUCGAACGAUACCAUUCCUCAUUAGACGAGCUCCCUGUUUGCGGUGGCUUGUUUGUCGGCUGUUUGAACGUGUCUUUAGGAGACAACGUACACGAGCUCCAUCGAGAUAACAUUACCAGUCAAGUGGAACUUUACACUUCACCUUGGAACGCGGUGAUUUAUUCGGAUGGGAAAUUUAGUUGUACGGGAACCAUUCUCAAUCCGCACUGGAUUAUCACCGCCAAAGCGUGCUUCCCAAAGCAAUUACCAUACGUCACUGCACUUGUGGGAAAAGGAAAAGCCCAUUUCGACGUGGAGGGGCCACACGAACAGAUUUUAAACGUGGAACACGUAGCUUUAGUCAACGAAAGUGAAGCUAUUCUGCUCCGGACGCAACAAAAAAUCAACUUCAAUAGAUACGUUAAAGCGGCACAAACAACCACAAAAUCUGUCUUCAUCAAAGAGCAUUGCGUUGCGAUUGGCCUUAAAAACAAACAGAGUAAAAUCAUUGUUCUGCAACCCAAAAAAAACUGUACCCUUGGGUUUAGGUGCUUCGAAACAACCGAGAUUUGCAAGAACAAAACAAAAUUAGAGCCACGACCUGGCGUAAUCACUUGUAAUUCUAGAAAUGGUUGGUACGCAACAGCAAUUUACACCAGCAUGGAAGAAUUUUGUAAUCCAUCGAUAAAACCAUUUGAGCGAAUUGAUAAAAAUAAAAUACGUUUCGCCAUGGGAAACGAGCCUGAAAAAAUCUCCCCGAACGAAUGUUCCGGUUUCAGAUGCCUUAUAGGAAAUUGUAUUAACACGGAGCAAAUUUGUGACGGUGUUUCUGAUUGCAGAAACGGUGAAGAUGAGGAUUCAAACGAGUGCUUAAAAUUAGAGAACGGGUGUCCUCUCGCGACCAACUGUACGAACUAUCCUCCAUGCAAAUUAAGUGAAUUUAGGUGCAAAAGUGGCGAAUGUGUUCCAAAAACUGCGUUUUGUGACAAUAUUGAUGAUUGCAAAGAUAAGUCUGAUGAACCAGAGGAGUGUUCCUGCAGGACUUACUUGGAAAGGGUACAUCCCGAAAAAAUUUGCGAUGGGACGGUCAAUUGCUGGAACAGGUCUGAUGAAAAAAACUGCUCUUGUGGACUUAAAUCGAAUGAAAAAUGUGGCGAAACGGGUCUCUGCGUUUCACAGGAAAUGCUAUGUGAUGGGUUUAGAGACUGUCCCGGUGGUGAGGAUGAGAGUGUUUGCUAUUCAUUCAAGACGACUUUAGCAAAUUACAAUAACGGAGAAGUAUUAAGACGCACCGCAGGCGUUUGGCAUUCUGGUUGUUUUGCACGAAACCACACCACUUCGGAGCUCGAGGAAAUUUGCGAAAAGCUGGGAUUUGCUGGCGGCAGCGCCAAACAACUCGCACGACCUGACACUACAGCUUUGAAACCUGUAAAAGAUCGGUUCGAUGUCGUGUGGACGCAAAGCAAAGGAAGUAGACUCAGGUUGCGUCUCCGAACAGGAAAUGAACCAUACGUGAAAUUUGUUGAGGAUUCCGAGUGUCAUAAAUUGUAUUUAGAGUGUCUUUAAUAUUUUAAUAAAUUAUCUCACGCUGCA